AUGGCCGAUCAACUAUCCGAGGAACAAAUUUCUGAGUUCAAGGAGGCGUUCUCCCUAUUCGAUAAAGAUGGCGAUGGUACAAUCACCACCAAGGAACUCGGAACUGUCAUGCGUUCCCUCGGCCAGAACCCAACCGAGGCCGAGCUGCAGGAUAUGAUCAACGAGGUCGAUGCUGAUGGAAACGGCACGAUCGAUUUCCCUGAGUUCCUGACCAUGAUGGCUCGUAAGAUGAAGGACACCGAUUCUGAGGAGGAGAUCAAGGAGGCUUUCAAGGUCUUCGACAAGGACGGGAACGGCUACAUCAGCGCGGCCGAGCUCAGGCACGUUAUGACUAAUCUCGGGGAGAAGCUGAGCGACAACGAAGUCGAUGAGAUGAUUCGUGAGGCGGAUGUUGACGGUGACGGUCAAAUCAACUAUGAGGAAUUCGUUAAGAUGAUGCUUUCCAAGUAA